CACCCCCUCCCUUUCCCUUUCUCCGUCUCUUUAUUCGCACCGCAACAUGACGGAACACCUUCUGCUUUUUCCCUGCGUAUAGUAGAAAACAUCAAUUUCUCAUAUAGUAAACAACAAAACCAAACCGAACACAUUAAUGUUGCUAUUUUAAGUUGGUGUGCCCCUGGAAUCGACGAAAUCGUGCUUUUGUGACUUACGAAAGACCAAUCCAUGGUGCUCAUAACCUAGUUUUUAAGUACCUGUAACAUCCUUUAAAUUUUGACGAUCCCCACUUUUCAGAAACAUGGGCAAAAAACAGAAAAAGGGUGUGACCAGCAAAGUGAAAGAUGAAGUACUUGAAUCGCAUGAGGAAAUGGACAUCAAAACAGAAGACGAAAUCAAGGAGGAACCGGAGGAGGCUGAAAUUAAGAAGAACCCAAGGGCUCGCCUUAUUGUGCGGAAUGUCUCAUUUAAGGCAACAGAAGACAAGCUAAGAGAACACUUUUCUCCGUACGGUCAAAUUGCAGAAAUCAAGCUUCUCCGAAGGCCAGAUGGGCGCUUAGUUGGGUGUGGUUUUGUCGAAUAUUCAUUAAAGAACUGUGCCGCCAAAGCAAUUGCUCACACUAGUGGAAAACUUUUCCUAAAUAGGCCAGUUGUAGUUGAUUGGGCUAUACCAAAAGCUAAAUUUGCAAAUAAGAAUCAAAAGCCUGCAGAAGAUGACUCAGAAGAAUCAGGGUUCCAUGAAGAGAAUGACGAGAAGUUGCAUAAGAUGAAGAAAGAGGACGAGAGUGACAGUGAUGAUGGAAAAGACAAUGAUGGUGAUAGUGAUGAUGGCGAUGAUAAUGAGGUUGAUGAUGGUAGCGAUGACGAUGAGGUUGAUGAUGGUAGUGAUGAUGAUGAUGAUGACAGUCAAGAAAGUUCAGAUGAAGAUGAUAGUGACAUGGAUGAAGACAAAGGCUCUAAAAAGCGAAAAAAACAAAAUAAACAAAACAAGGAUCUUGGCUUGACCCCCAGAAAACCGUUAAGAGAGUCGCAUGAUAUUUCAGAGGGCUGUACUGUUUUCGUGAAGAAUAUUCCAUUCUCAGUUAACAAUGAGGAGUUUAAGAAAUCCAUGCGUAGAUUUGGUCUAAUCUAUUAUGCCUUGAUUUGUGUUGAUCAUUUGACAGAACAUUCUAAAGGCACCGGCUUUGUCAAGUUUAGAACUAAAGAUGCAGCUGAUGCUUGUAUAGCAGCCGGAAGAGAAGGUGAAAUUUCCAUUCAUGGAAGUGUGGUUGAAACUCUACCUGCACAGAAUAGAGAAGACCUUUCAAAAGGUGGCAAGGAUAAAGAUGUUAAAAGGGAUAGUCGUCAUCUCUACCUAGUCAAGGAAGGAAUUAUUCUAGCCGGCAGUCCUGCUGCUGCCGGUGUGUCUCAGGCAGACAUGGCAAAACGCCUUCAACUAGAACAGUGGAAGACACAGAUGCUCAGAAAUUUAAAUAAAUUUGUGUCUCUAUAUCGACUUGUUGUUCAAAAUUUACCUCCAUCUUAUGAUGAUGCUAAGUUAAGAGCCCUCAUGAUAAAACAUGGAGGCCCAAACGCUGUUGUUACAGAGGCAAGAGUCAUGAGAGAUUUAAGAAAUGUUGAUGCCAAUGGAAUAGGAAAGUCCAAAGAGUUUGGUUUCGUCACAUUUACCACCCAUGAAAGUGCUCUUCACGCUCUUCGAUCUCUGAACAACAAUCCAAACACUUUCACACCUGUCAAGCGACCUAUUGUGGCAUUUUCCAUUGAAGAUAAAACAGCAUUGAAGACUCGUCAGAAGAGAUUGGAAAAAAGCAAAGCCGGUCUUUUGCGAAGCCAAACCAAUGGCGGUUCCCAGAAAGAAUGGGAGAAACAGCGCAGGGAAGGAAAGUAUCAGAAUAAUCAAUUUGGAGGGAAAAGCCAAGGGCUUAAAGGAAAGAUAGACAGACCAACAAUCAGUAAGACUGACACAUCUCCAGCUGCAAAUUCAUCUCAACCAUUAACCAGGAAAGAGAAGAGGAAAUUGAAACUCCUAGCUUUUCAUGAUAAGAAAAGAAAUAGGAAAACAACUGGAGCAACAGUAGAUAAUGUUGAAGGAUCCAACUUUAUGGGAGAAACCUCAAAACCGGGGCAGUCAGGUAUUAUGUCCCGGAAGAAGCUGCGCGCCCAAGUAGAACAACAAGCUGAGGCAACGAAAGCUAAAAACAAGAGAGAACGCAAGCGGCAACAACUAGAAGCUGUGAAAAUAAAGCAACCCAAGCAAAAAAUGAAUAAGCCUAAACAAAUGCGUGAAGAAGAUAAUUUCUCAAUUCUAGUGAAUAAGUACAAAACCCAAUUAGCAUCAAGUGAAACAGACCGAAAGAAAUGGUAUGAAAAUUGAUCAGUCAAAAAUAUUGCUAAUUAUGCUGUGAUCACGUAGUGGUACCCAUCCUGUUGUUGGUGGGUUUGUGUGAAUAAAUAUUUAAAUAUGAACUCAUUAUUGUGCAUAGGGUACUUUCAAACAAUAAAGAGGAUUAUAAGUUUCA